UCAAUUUUAAAUGAGAUUAAGACAUUUGACUAGAGACUAGUCACAGGAAAAGAACGAGCAUUUUUAUUCUGAAAUUAUUUGUGGUGAUUCUGGUCUACUUAGUUCAGUUUAAAAAACACCACACAAAAAGCUUUACAACAACAUGGAGCUCACAGUCCAUUGCUGGUCCUGGUUUGGGACCUUGCUGAUGUGUUUGAUUCUAAGAUCUCAAGCUGGUGUGGUGGACGACUUCUCUCAAGUAGAGCGCUGUAAGGAUUUUCUUUACCUGGGCACUCCACCACGAGGUUACCUCAGUACUUCUCUGAAAAAGAUCUGCCAGAGAUACGUGGACCAGCCUCGCUUCAUCACUUUCUACGACCCCAAAAAGCAUAUACCCAUGUAUUCCGCUUACAUCUUCAAGAAAUCUGAUGGAGAGAAACGAGUAGACGUUCCCUGGAUGUUUGAACCACAGCUGGCUACUGAGAAAGGAAGCAGUAACAUGGAGCCGUUCCCCCAGUCCACCUUCAUGCACAAGAACUUUGAAGACACUCAGGCUGUGCUAGAAGACUACGCUGAUGUGGUCCAGUAUGAACGUGGCCAGCUUAACCCAGAUGAGCAUCAGGCAGACCCGCUGGACAAGGCUGCCACCUACACCUUGACCAAUGUGGUUCCCCUAAUAAGAGAGUUCAGUUUUGGCCCCUGGAGCACUCAGGUUGAGGUUAUCCGCAAACGCCUCAACAACUACUGCCACGGAAAGGCUCACGUAAUCACGGGGGUGACCACAGCUGGUAAUAUGAUUCGACGUGAAAACCUAGAUCGUGUCGCCAUCCCAGAGUUCAUGUGGACGGCCUAUUGCUGCACCGAUUAUGACCACAAUGCCCCCUAUUCUGAGCGGUAUAAGUUUCCAGCGUUUGGUGCCUAUGGCCUCAAUGAUCGAGUGAACAAUCACAUAGUAGAGGUUCCCAUCAAGUAUCUGGAGAAGUUUCUCAAGGGUAAAAUGGAGGUGGACAAGAACUUCCAGAUCUUUUACAAUGACUGUGUGUCAGAUUUGUAAGGAUUGUAGUGAAUAUUAAAACAAUCCAUCAUAUUCAUCAUCCGUAAAUUGCAGAUACAGUUGAAGCCAGAAUUAUUAGCCCUCAUGUAUAUUCUUCCCCCAAUUUCUGUUUAACAGAAAGAUUUUUUUGAACACAUUUUUAAACAUAACAGUUUUAUUAACUCAAUUCUAAGAACUGAUUGUUUUUUUUAUCUCAGUCAUGAUGACAGUGCAUAAUAUUUUACCACACAUUUUUCAAAAUGCUAGUAUUCAGCUUAAAGUGCAAUUUAAAAGUGUGACUAGGCGAAUUAGGAUAAUUGGGAAAGUCAUUGUAUAAUGAUGGCUUGUUUUGUAGACAAUCGAAAAAAUAUAUAUUGCUAAGAGGGUUAAUAAUAUUGACAUAAAA